AUGUAUCUCAGUACCAAGGAUCAAGAUAAGUUGCUGCUGACGACCACCGGGUUCCUGGCGCAGAGGAGACUGGCUAGAGGAGUCCGACUCAAUUUGUCAGAAGCGACGGCCCUGAUAGCUUGUGUUUUACAGGAGUUGAUCCGGGAUGGCCAAUCGUCGGUUGCCCAGCUCAUGCAGGUCGGAAAAGAAAUCUUGGGCUUCCGUCAUGUCCAGCCCUCCGUGCCCGGCUGCUUCCCGGAUGGCACCUUCCUUGUAACCGUUCAUUCGCCGAUUUGCAGUCCGAGUGGUCGGGACCCGCAUCUUUCGCUGGCGCUCUACGGCUCUUGCAUCACCCCUGCUCCCGACUUGUUCUUUGAUCAUGUCCAGCCGUCCUUGGAGCAUGAUCUACCAGGGGCGAUUGUGGUGCAAAGCCCGACUGAUUCCCCGACCUCACAGCACAUUAGCCUCAACGUUGGCCGAGCGCGAAUAAGGAUAAAGGUCACCAAUACUGGCGACCGACCUAUUCAAGUCGGCUCGCAUUAUCAUUUUUCCCUCACCAAUCCAGCCUUGAGAUUUGAUCGCAAAAUCGCUCUGGGUCAUCGUCUCGAUAUCGCUGCAGGCACUUCGGUUCGCUUCGAGCCUGGUGACCAACGAAUGGUCACUAUGGUCGAGAUCGCUGGGAGUGGUCAAGUAUCCGGCGGCAAUGGUCUGGAAGGCCAUAUUUUGCAGAAAGACGAUUCCCUCGCCGUUGAAGCGCUCAUAGACAGUUUGGUAGCCAAAGGUUUUGAGCAUGAACCAGCCAUCCACGUUGAGAGCCCUCUCAAAGAAUUUGAGAUGUCAAGGGAGGCGUACGCUAACAUGUUCGGACCAACAACGGGUGAUAAAGUUCGCCUCGCAGAUACAUCCCUUUGGGUCGAAGUUGAGUAUGACCACACCUGCUAUGGCGAAGAGCUCAAGUUUGGCGGUGGCAAAGUGGUCAGAGAAGGAAUGGCAGACUUAGGCAUCAAGGAUGGCCGAAUCUCAGGGAUCGGAAAAGCUGGAAACCCCGAUAUUCAGGCGGGCGUCUCUGAUCAGAUGGUCGUUGGUGUGAAUACUGAAGUGAUUGCCGGGGAAGGAAUGAUCGUAACGGCAGGUGGGAUUGAUGCUCACGUCCAUUUCAUAUGUCCCCAGCUAUGUCCGGAAGCCCUCUCGAAUGGUAUUACAACUUUAAUCGGCGGUGGUACUGGCCCCGUCGCUGGAACCAACGCAACCACUUGUACGCCAUCCCGAACCUUGAUUAGAAACAUGCUUUUGUCGACUGAUGAUGUACCCAUGAAUAUCUUACUAACGGGAAAAGGUAACGACUCUAAGCCGGAAGGAUUGGUGGAUCAAGUCUAUUCGGGAGUAGGUGGCUUGAAGUUACACGAGGAUUGGGGUUCCACUCCGGGCGCGAUUGAUUCUUGUUUGAGUGUUUGCGAACAAUACGACAUUCAGUGCAACAUUCACACAGACACGCUUAAUGAAUCAGGUUUUGUCGAAGAUACAAUCAAGGCAUUCAAAGACCGUGUGAUACAUACAUAUCAUACCGAAGGUGCAGGGGGAGGCCAUGCUCCAGACAUUAUCGUCGUCUGUGGCAAGGAUAAUGUGCUUCCGUCAUCAACAAAUCCGACCAGACCGUUUACCAACAAUACUCUCGAUGAACACCUCGACAUGCUGAUUGUCUGUCACCAUCUUGACAAAUCGAUUCCGGAAGACAUCGCGUUUGCCGAAUCUCGUAUCCGCGGUGAGACGGUCGCCGCUGAGGACGUCUUACAUGAUCUUGGUGCCCUUUCAAUAAUCAGCUCAGAUUCACAAGCGAUGGGAAGGAUUGGCGAAGUCAUUAGUCGGACUUGGAGGACGGCUUCCAAAAUGAAAGUUUUCAAAGGUUUCUUAACUGAGGAUGAAAAACUUCGUGGGAUUGAUAAUGAUCGCGUGAAACGCUAUAUUGCAAAGUAUACCAUCAAUCCUGCGAUUGUCCAUGGUAUUUCCCAGGAGGUUGGGGACAUUUCGGUAGGGAAGCUUGCGGAUCUUUGUAUUUGGAAGCCUGAGAAUUUCGGGGUCAGGCCAGAACAGAUUAUCAAAGGAGGCUUUGUCGUAUGGUCACAGAUGGGCGAUGCGAAUGCGUCUAUUCCAACGGUUUCAGCCCACUUACGGAAGACCCAUGUGGGCUUACCAUCCGAGUAG